GCCUGGUCUAAUUAAUCCUGGUUUAUUUGCAGGAAUACAUAAAGUUAAAUAUUACUGCUCUUAGCUUUUGGCCUCUCUCCAUGUGCUGGUGGAGUAGUUUUCACCAGCUCUGAGCUGAACAUCCCAGCCCCCAGCUGCUCACGGGGUAUAAAAUCGUGGGUUUUGUUAAGGAAGCAGUUUUGAGGCUGCUUUGAGAGCAUCUUACAGCUUCCCUGGUGUAUUUUCGUGCCUGAUGAGCUCUUGCUUUCAAGCUGGAGAGAAAAGAAAGCCCUGAAGAAUCAAAAAUUGUGAAAAAUUGAGAGCCUGCUGGUUUACCCGGCCUGUUUACUGCCUGAGGUGAGGCUUGAGGACACCUGCUGUACACCAGCUUGCCACGUGACCGAGGAAGAGGCACAGAUCCAUUACACAAUAAUAAAAAUAUGCCUUUGGCAACGUGGAGCCAAACUGGAGCUGCUGCAGGGAGCUCAAACUACGCACAAGGAGGAGUAAAACAGAAAUAAAAAGGACCAAAGUCAAUCCUGCACAGCCCUCCCAGGACCUGCUGUGGCAGGACGGGGCCGGGGAUCUGCAGCAAAACAUCUGCCUGAAGCCCUGGGGGCUGCCAGCGCCUGUCAGGAUCUCACUGAGGAGAUCAGGCUGGCUGUGCCAUGAUCUCUGCCGUGCUGCUCCUCUGGACCGUGCCCUGCGUGGCAAACCACAUCCUGGGGGGCUUUGCCAAGCGGGAGCUGCAGGAGGGUGCCCAGCUGGCCUGCAGCCUGCCAGGGCCCCCCGGGCCCCCCGGGCCCCCCGGCGUGCCAGGGUCUCCCGGGACCGUGGGCAGGAUGGGCUUCCCGGGCAAGGACGGCAAGGACGGCCAGGACGGGGACAAGGGCGAGCACGGCGAUGAAGGUCCCCAGGGCAGAACAGGAAACCCUGGCAAGCCAGGCCCGAAGGGGAAAGCAGGAGCCCUUGGCAAGGCAGGGCCCCGGGGGCCCAAGGGUUUAAAGGGCAAUCCCGGGAAAAUCGGGGCCCCAGGGAAGAAAGGGCCCAAAGGGAGCAAGGGGGAGCCUGGGCUGCCGGGCCCCUGCAGCUGCAGCGCCAGCAGGGCCAGGUCUGCCUUCUCCGUGGCAGUGUCCAAGAGCUACCCCAGGGAGAGGCUGCCCAUCAAGUUUGACAGGAUCCUGAUGAACGAGGGAGGACAUUACAACGCUUCCAGUGGGAAGUUCAUCUGCAGCAUCCCGGGGAUUUACUACUUCACCUACGACAUCACUUUGGCCAACAAGCACUUGGCCAUUGGCCUGGUCCACAACGGCCAGUACCGCAUCAAGACUUUUGAUGCCAACACUGGGAACCACGACGUGGCCUCUGGAUCCACCGUGCUGGCACUGAAGGAGGAGGAUGAGGUGUGGCUGCAAAUCUUCUACUCGGAGCAAAACGGGCUCUUUUAUGAUCCCUACUGGACAGACAGCUUAUUUACUGGAUUCUUGAUUUAUCCUGACCAAGAUUAUCUCAAUGAAGUGUAGGAUGAGAAACUGUGGGGAAAAAUAGGAAAUGGGCCUCAAUCCUACCAAGUGUGGCCUUACACGGGACAUGUCUGGGAUUAUCAGAUGAUUCCACAUUUGCCUGUGGGAUUAUCAGUCGACUGCACCCUGCAUGGACUAUUUAAACUUUCCUUGAUGCCAUCAAGCCCACAGGGUACCAGGCUUUCAGCAGCCUCAUGAAUGUCUGCAUCCCAAAGCCGCCCGUUAUGUAUUCCACGAUUAUUCCAACAUGCCAUGGACAUGUAACUCAAAUACUGGUGCAGAAUGCUUUGGUUAUUGCAUUGUUACAAUAAAGCAUGGAAACCAACA